AUGUCCGACCAAAUGACAAAGGACGACAAGGAAGCAAUUGUAGAUGUGGCAGAAACUGGAUCGAUAGCCGUCGGUGUGAUCCACGAGAAAACUUUAGAUGAAGACUGCGUUGAUCAGGUUGAGUUUACCGUCGAAGAAGAAAAAGCAGUACUUCGAAAGAUCGAUCGGCAUGUUUUACCUCUAAUGUGCUUCAUUUUUUUUGCUCAGUAUCUCGACAAGCAAUCUUUGACAUACACUGCGGUUUUUGGUCUCAAAGAGGAUCUGAAAAUGGCUGGGAACGAUUACUCUUGGUGUUCAACCAUUUUUUAUAUAGGGCAAUUGGGAGCCAACUUUGUUUUCGCAUAUUUGAUGACAAUUAUUCCAAGGGCACCGUUGACAGGUGUCUGCGUCGUGAUAUGGUCACUGUGCUGUAUGUGCUUGGCAGCCCCGAGCACCAAAGAAGGUUUUUGGGUCGGAAGACUAUUUCUAGGGAUAUUUGAAGCUGCCGUUCAGCCUGCCUGCAUUUUGAUAACCACGUAUUGGUAUAGGAAGAGAGAGCAGCCCUUGAGAACAGCUGUUUAUAUUUCCAUGAACGCGCUGGCGCAAAUUAUUGGAUGUUUCAUCAUGUAUGGUAUCGGGAGGACGAACACUGGGAAGGUUGAGGAUUGGAGAAUUAUGUUUUUGAUAUGUGGCGCUAUCUCGUUGGUAGCUGGUCUUUUGUUUUACUUUUUCUUACCCAUAUCUCCAAAGGUUGCAUGGUUUUUAACAGAAAGAGAGCGAGAGAUCGCAUUGAAAAGAAUCUAUGAGGAGAAUGACAGAAGUGCAAUUAAUAAAUUCGAGUUUGAACAGCUAAAAGAAUGUUUAAAUUUCGACUGGUUAUUUUACAGCUCUUUUGCCUUUGGAUUUCUCGUGACGGUGACCAGUGGUCCUAUUAUCUUCCAGUCCCUGCUCUUAGCUAGUUUUGGCUAUGACAAAUAUCAAUCAAUGAAAUAUGGCUCACCAGCAGGCGCCAUUCAACUUCUUUUUGUAUGGAUAGGCGUUUUAGCUGUCAAGCUUAUUCCCAAGGAACGUGCACUUAUUUCAAUGUUUUUGGUAUGCGUUCCACUUACGGGUACAAUCAUGGUUUUAGCACUUAAACAAAGUAGUGGAUGGUGGGUUGUUGCUGGUUCAUGGUUAUCCUCCGUCAUAACCUGCAUCAUGACUAUAUUAUUGAGUUUGAUUUCUAGCAACGUCAGAGGAAAUACCAAAAAGUCGCUGUGCUCAAAUGCUUUUUUUGUGGGUUAUUGUCUAGCAGCCAUAAUAUACCCACAAUGGUGGCUGGGCACCUAUCGCGGUGGUCUUAUAGUGACAAUAAUCAUGUGGAUCAUAACCAUGCUGCUACUCGUUUUUUACAGGUUCAAAGCCAUAUAUGAAAAUAAGAAGAAGGAAAGUAUGGAAUUCCAAACUACGCAGACCAUUAUGAAAAGCGAUGAUCUUACUGACAAGGCCAGAGUUCAGCACAGGUAUGUUUACUGA